AUGGGGAGGUCGCCGUGCUGCGAGAAGGCGCACACCAACAAGGGCGCCUGGACCAAGGAGGAGGACCAGCGGCUCAUCGCGCACAUCAAGGCCAAUGGCGAAGGCUGCUGGAGAUCGCUCCCAAAAGCCGCAGGGUUGCUCCGGUGCGGGAAGAGCUGCCGGCUGCGGUGGAUCAACUACCUGAGGCCGGACCUCAAGCGCGGCAACUUCACCGAGGAGGAGGACGAGCUCAUCAUCAAGCUCCACGAGUUCCUCGGAAACAAGUGGUCGCUGAUCGCCGGGAAGCUGCCGGGGCGGACGGACAACGAGAUCAAGAACUACUGGAACACGCACGUCAAGCGCAGGCUCCUCGCCCGCGGCGUCGACCCGCACACGCACCGCCCGCUCAAUGCCGCCUCGCCCGCCGCCGUGCAGGGGAUGCAGCACACGCCGUCGUCGCCCGCCACAUCGAGCGGCGCCAGCCACCAGCAUCUGACGGGCGGCUCCAGCUGCUCGCCGGCCGCCAGCGGCCACAGCAGCGACGCCGACGACAGCGCGUCCUUGCUUCUCCCACCGACGGGGCACCUCGGCGGCAUGAUCGACCUCAACCUGUCAAUUAGCCCGCCGUACCAGCCGUCUUCGCCGCCGCCAGAGACCAGGACCGUGGGCGACGGUGCCUUUAGGACAGGUUACUCUGGGCGGGAGGGGAUAUGCUUGUGCCUGAACCGGCUGGAUUUGCAGGGCGGCGUUGGGUGCAGCUGUGGUGGCGCCUCGUCGUCUUCUUCCAUGAGCUCCGAAGUGUUCAGCUUUAGAUUCGCUAAUGCUUCGCUUCAGAGAUCCUAG